AAAAAUCUCUUAUCUUCUUCCCCAUCUCUCGUUCUCUUAUAUGUGAUACUCCUUGUCGGUAAUUUCUCCAAUUUUCUUCAAUCCAAACAAGCUUCAAUUGCUUCAUCUAUAAGCUUUCUUUCACUUCCCCUCUUUUUUUUUUUCUUUUUUUUCUUUUCUUCCGAUCAUUCGAUCGCAAGCUUUAUUCGAUUCAGAUCUUUGAGGAUUUUGCGUUAAUUUCAUACUCAUCGUCAAUCGCUUUCCUUCAGGAAAUUAAUUUAUCGGAAUCGGAUUCGGGAAUCCGUGAAAAUUUAUGCAGCAUCGGUGAGACAAAAGCUCCGGAAAACGGAAGGGUGAGAAAGCUUUGAUCGGUGAUUAAAGACUUCUGACCGUCGAUCUUUGUUUUUGAAAGAUUUUGGAGAAGGUACGAUGGUUUCUUUGCAAGGGCCAGUAAUUUGCCCCACUGUUCGCGCAAAGCAAUCGGGGUAUGACACUGUGCCAGUGGUAGGCCCUUUGGUGAAGGCUAGGCUUCUUAGAAGUGAAUUAUGUAGAUUCAGAGGGGUCAGCGGUUGCAUCACAAAGGCGGGUUUUGUUUCUCGCCCUCAAAAUGCACGAAAAUGCACAAGAGUGCAUUGUACUUUCAGUUCUUCAUCAAAUGGUAAUGGAAGUAUGGCCGAGAAUUUCAAUGAAAAUGAUGAAGAUUAUGUCAACUCCAGUGUACUUGAAGCCGUUGAGGUGAAGAGUGGAAUUGAUGGAUUCAUGAUCAAAAUGAGGGAUGGUAGGCACAUGAGGUGUGUCCAUAACAACCCUCAGGGGGGCCAUCUUCCCGAUUAUGCUCCACAUCCUGCAAUUGUGUUGAAGAUGGAAGAUGGGACUGGUCUUCUUCUCCCAAUAAUUGUUUUGGAGAUGCCCAGUGUGUUGCUCAUGGCAGCAGUGCGCAAUGUUCCAAUUGCUAGGCCAACUAUGUAUCAAGUGGUCAGGGAGAUGAUUGACAAGAUGGGUUAUGAGGUCCGACUUGUCAGAGUCACCAAGAGAGUACAUGAGGCAUAUUUUGCUCAGUUAUACCUCAGAAAGGCUGGUAGUGAGACAGAGUGUGUCAGCUUCGACCUUAGGCCUUCAGAUGCCAUCAACAUUGCUGUAAGAUGCAAGGUUCCCAUACAAGUCAACAAGUACCUGGCAUAUAGUGAUGGAAUGAGAGUUAUCGAAUCUGGAAAGCUCUCAAGUCAUGGCCCUGCUUCAGAUGGUUUAUUAUUUACUGAGCUGGAUCGGCCGAGUGGUCAACCAUGUGUUGAAACAAAGGAGUUUAAUCUUGUGCGCAACAUGUUAAUUGCUGCAGUUGAGGAACGCUAUAGAGAUGCUGCUCAGUGGAGGGACAAACUCCUCCAACUUCGUGCUAGAAGGAAUUUGGCGUAACGGCUUCUGUUCCUAGAGGUUUAAAAAUUGUACAUAGACACCAUUCUUCGAAGUUGAUAAGCUCGCCAACAGCAGUCAUUCACCGUGGAUCCCUGCUCUGCCCCUUUUAUAUAUAAUGUAAAAAGUCUGUGAAUAUAAUAUGAUAUAUAUGUAUGUAUAGUAUUGAUAAACUUUAUUGGAAAUGUAAUGGCACUUGUCAGUUUUCUGCUAAUUAUUCGGUUACUUAA